UAUCUAGAUAUCACUUUAAAGGCUACAGCAAUACGAAAAAUCCACGUGGUACAAACAGCAAUGGAUGCAGAGGGAUGGAAAAAUCCUCCGGAUACCUGAGACCCUCGCUUUGCAUCUGCCUCCAUCUGGGGUUUGCAGAAGAACCUUGCCCACUCCUCCUCAUGACUAACGAGUGUAUAUAGUAAACUCUUUGAAAUGUGAGUAUUAUGGGAAGGAUCGCAGUUGCUUUAAAUUAUAGAAGUUGGCAAGUGCCUGGGAGAAGGAGUGGGAGGCUGUUUAAACUGAGAAAGACGGUUGCAGAACUUCAUCCGACAGCAUGAGCUCCGAGCUUCGCACACAUCCUCUACUUUCCACCAACAGACUUCUCUGCAUUGUUGUGGAGCAGCUUCAAUAGUGAACACAGUUCUGCUCUGAAUACUUUUUAAUGGUUUCUAAAUUCAUGGGAGAACCAAAGCGAAGAAGUCUCAUGUUUGGGGGAGAAGUCUGAACCCAGCAAUGCCCAGGAAAGAGCCCAAGAUGAUUGUCCUGCUCUAUGUGACAAGUCUUGCCAUCUGUGCAAGUGGACAACCUCGGGGCAAUCAGGCCAAGGGAGAGAGCUACUCUCCAAGGUACAUCUGCAGCAUUCCUGGCUUACCUGGCCCCCCAGGCCCUCCUGGAGCCAAUGGCUCCCCUGGGCCCCAUGGUCGCAUCGGCCUUCCUGGAAGGGAUGGUAGAGAUGGCAGGAAAGGAGAGAAAGGCGAAAAGGGCACUGCAGGUCUAAAAGGUAAGACUGGACCGCUGGGCCUCGCUGGUGAAAAAGGAGACCAAGGAGAGACUGGGAAGAAAGGACCCAUGGGACCAGAGGGGGAGAAAGGAGAAGUCGGUCCAGCUGGGCCUCCUGGACCAAAGGGAGACCGAGGAGAUCAAGGGGACCCAGGGCUGCCUGGAGUAUGCAGAUGUGGGAGCAUUGUGCUCAAAUCUGCCUUUUCAGUUGGCAUCACAACCAGCUACCCAGAAGAAAGGCUACCCAUCGUAUUUAACAAGGUCCUCUUCAAUGAGGGGGAACACUACAACCCGGCCACAGGGAAGUUCAUCUGUGCUUUCCCGGGGAUCUAUUACUUUUCUUAUGAUAUCACAUUGGCCAAUAAGCACCUAGCCAUUGGGCUGGUGCACAAUGGGCAGUACCGAAUAAGGACCUUUGAUGCCAACACAGGGAACCAUGAUGUGGCUUCAGGGUCCACAGUCAUCUACCUGCAGCCAGAAGAUGAAGUCUGGCUGGAGAUCUUCUUCAAUGACCAGAAUGGCCUCUUCUCAGACCCAGGCUGGGCAGACAGCUUAUUCUCUGGAUUUCUCCUCUACGUUGACACAGAUUACCUGGAUUCUUUAUCAGAAGACGAUGAGCUGUGACCAGGACUGCAGACAUGAACGUUACAUCAUGAAUACCACGAAGGCUUACACUUGGAUUCAAUCUGGGGAGCUGGAAGGUCGAGCAAGUGAGAAGGGGAUUCAGAAACUCCUUUUACAGACAGCUCUGGCAGAAUUCAUCAAAAUAAGGCAAACCACCGACCAGCUGAAAUCACAACAAAACUAAUGGUAUAGAAUAGCCCCAGACAUGAAACCCUUGAAAGUAAUGAUGAUAAAUAUUUAAGAAAAUGAAAGAUAAUUUUAACAAAUUUGAAUGCCCUUAAAGAUACAACCAGCAGGUAGUGACCCUGACUCAUUAAACAUUCAUAAAACUCCAGUUUUGUUUGUUAUUUAGGAUAAUCAUAACAUUACAGACAAAUUCUUUGACACUUCUCCGGAGUCAAAGAAAAGCAAGAGAUACUAAGAAUUUUCUAACAAAUUAAAAUGGAGUGAUAAAUUA